UUAGGGGGAGUGCCCUGUGUCAGUAGACUACAGCCUGCUGCUUUCAUUCCAUGCAGACUGAGUGCUGCUGACAGACACACAAUGCCUUCUCCUCAGUACUGCACGUCUGCUGUGAUUCUACAUAUCCUGCUGCUGCCUUUGUUGGGACAGGUAGAGUCCCUCACCAGGACCUACUACAUUGGCAUUGUGGAGGAGGAGUGGGACUAUGCCCCUUCUGGGAAAAAUCUCAUCACUGGACAGAACAUAUCUGAGGACAAAGACGCUUCCACUUUCCUGGAACAGGGUGCAGAAAGAAUAGGACGAGUCUAUAAGAAAGCCAUCUACAGACAGUACACCAACUCCUAUUAUACAGAAGAAGUCACUAAGCCAGCAUGGUUGGGGUUCCUGGGCCCCAUUAUAAAGGCCGAGGUUGAAGACACUAUCAUUGUUCAUCUGAAGAAUUUGGCUUCCCGGCCAUACACAUUACACCCACACGGGGUCUUCUAUAAGAAGGAUUCAGAGGGGGCUUUUUAUCCAGACGGAACCCACAAAUCAGAUAAAGGUGAUGAUGCAGUCCCUCCUGGUGGACAGCACACCUACACCUGGAUCGUUAUUAAGGAACAUGCACCCACCAGUGGAGACCCAAACUGUCUGACAUGGAUCUACCACUCCCAUACCGAUGCCCCCAGAGAUAUUGCAAGUGGAUUAAUCGGGGCACUGCUGACUUGCAAAAAAGGUACUCUGGACAGUUCAUUAAAUCGGCUGGAUGUGGAUAAGGAUUUUGUGCUGAUGUUUAGCGUUGUUGAUGAAAAUUUCAGCUGGUACCUAGAGGAGAACAUUCAGAAAUAUUGUUCAGAAGCAGACUUGGUAGACGUGGAGGAUGAAGAUUUUCAGGAGAGCAACAAGAUGCAUGCAAUUAAUGGAUAUUUGUAUGGAAACCUCCCGGCUAUAAACAUGUGUGUUGGUGACUCAGUGUCCUGGCAUUUGUUUGGCAUUGGUAAUGAAGUGGAUAUCCAUUCAGCCUUCUUUCAUGGGCAAACAGUCACCAACCAAGGCCACAGAACUGACGUCAUUAAUCUGUUCCCUGCCACGUUCGUCACAGUGGAGAUGAUGCCAUCUAAUGCUGGAUCAUGGAUGUUAAGCUGCCAAGUGAAUGACCACAUUGAAGCUGGCAUGUUGGGCUUAUAUAAUGUUGGCAAUUGUGGAACAACCCCUACGCCUCUGCCACUGGGACCUGUGCGGAGAUAUUUUAUUGCAGCAGAGAAAGUGCUCUGGAACUACGCACCAAAGAACUAUGACACAUUCACCAACCAGGCUUUGGAUGAUCCAGAGAGUGAUUCUGCAACCUUCUUCACAAAGAGCUCUGACAGGAUUGGAGGAUCUUACUGGAAAGUCCAUUAUACAGAGUAUACAGAUGAAUCAUUUAGUGUUACAAAGACACGCACGGAAGAUGAAAAACAUCUUGGAAUCCUGGGCCCAGUGAUUAAGGCUGAAGUAGGAGAUACAAUUGUUGUUGUGUUUAAGAAUAUGGCUGACAGGAACUACAGCAUCAUGGCUCAUGGCCUGUCUUUUAAUAAAGACUCAGAAGGUGCCCCAUAUGAGGAUGGGGGCAUUGAGAAGGGAGGAUCACAUGUUGGACCUGGAGAGAAAUUCACAUACACCUGGAAAGCACUAGAAGAAAAUGGACCUACUACCACUGAUCCAAACUGCCUGACUUACCUAUACUACUCUGCGUUUGACCCAGCCAGGGACACUAAUUCUGGACUGGUGGGACCUCUGCUGGUCUGCAAGAAGGGUGCUCUUCAUCCGGACAACACACAGGUGCAGAUAGAUAAAGAGUUUUAUUUGCUGUUCACAAUCUUUGAUGAGAACCUGAGUUGGUAUUUGGAAGAAAACCUCGCCAUGGUUUCUUUAGACCCGGCCACCAUUGACAGAGAAGAUGAAGAGUUUCAGGAGUCAAACCAAAUGCACGCGAUCAAUGGCUACAUGUAUGGAAACCUGCCUGGCCUCGUCAUGUGUCAGAGGGACAAUGUGUCAUGGCAUCUGCUUGGCAUGGGCACAGAGCUGGAUAUUCAUGGCGUCCACUUCCAUGGGAACAUACUCGACUUUGCUGGAAUGAGGAGGGACAUCGUCAACAUGUUCCCACACACGACGAUGACUGUGACCAUGCAUGCCUAUAACUUAGGUCAGUUCGAAGUGAGUUGUCAGACGUUGGAUCAUCACAAGGGUGGUAUGAAACACACAUAUGUGGUGCAGGCAUGUGACAAUUCCACGAAUCACGAUGACAUCCAGUAUGGCACCAUGAGGACGUACUUCAUUGCUGCGGAGGAGGUGGAGUGGGACUACAGUCCGGACAGGGCCUGGGAACUUGAGAAACAUAACUUCACAGCACAUCUGCAUGAGAGCCCUGGACAUGUUUUUGUGAGUUCUGAUAAUGACCGCAUAGGAUCGAAAUACAAAAAAGUGGUUUACAGGGAAUAUACAGACGGACGGUUCACAGAGCUGAAGGAAAGAAGCCAGGAGGAGGAGCAUCUGGAAAUACUCGGUCCGUUCAUUCGAGCAGAGGUUGGAGACAGUAUAUUGGUUGUGUUUAAAAAUAAAGCCACGCGCCCAUAUUCCAUUUACGCACAUGGUGUGCAGAUAGUCAAUAUUGCCGUUGAAGCUACUCAGCCAGGGGGGACAAACACUUACCAGUGGAAUGUUCCAGAACACUCAGGACCAGGAACGAAUGACCCCGAUUGUUUAACAUGGGCCUAUUAUUCCAUGGCAGACUUUAUGAAGGAUCUGUACAGUGGCCUGGUGGGACCAUUGGUAACUUGCAGGAAGGGAGUAUUAGACAGCAAAGGCCGGAGGAGGGAUGUUGCUCGGGAAUUCGCUCUUCUCUUCUUAGUGUUUGAUGAGAACUUUUCCUGGUACCUAGAUGACAACAUUGAAAGCUAUAUUCAUAAAGACCCCAGUGAUGUCAAUAUCACAGAGGAAUUUGAAGAGAGUAAUAAAAUGCAUGCAAUAAACGGUAAGAUCUAUGGAAAUCUGCAUGGCCUUACCAUGACCGAAGGUGAAAAGACCAACUGGUACCUGAUGGGACUGGGGAAUGAAGUUGACAUGCACACUGUCCAUUUCCAUGCUCAGAGCUUCCUGUACAAGGUGAACAGCGAUCACCGAGCGGAUGUGUUUGAUCUCUUUCCUGGGACAUUUCAGACUAUAGAGCUGGCGGCCGGUAACCCGGGGACCUGGCUUCUCCACUGUCAUGUCAAUGAUCACAUCCACGCUGGCAUGGAGACAACCUUCACUGUCAUGGAGAGGCCUGAGGAAAAUACCCGUGCCUCAGAUUCUGUCCGCCCCGGCGGAGUGCCGUUCCUAGGAAACGUCCUGACGGUGGGGCAGGCACAUGCAGCUCUAGUCUCUCUCCUGUCCAUCGGUUUGGCCUUGUUGGUGCUGCUGGUGGUAGUCCUGUCAGUGAUACACUAUGGAAAGAAGAAGAGGCACUACAAUACAAUUUAUAACGGAUCGCUGCCUUUGAACACCAUAUGAGAACUCCCACGAUGCACUGAGGAGCUCUGUGAACAGAAAUGCCUCAGAACUCUGUGCAGUCGCACUUUACUACUUCAUGUUUACAAGCUGGAUAUGGAAUGCUGACAGGUCUCUAUAUCCCCCCAAUCUGAACUUGCUGCUGAAUGUAAAUGGGGGACUGGCAGAUUGGGGCAAU